CGCAAAGUGAACGUACUUCAAGCACCAUGUUGUUAAUAUCGCUAGUGAUACUGAUAAUUUCCACGUACGGAAUUUUUUAUGUGUAUUUAAAGUUAACAUCAGGUAUUUGUAAAUGUAGUAAGCAUUUAGUGGGAAAAGUGGUUAUUGUUACUGGGGGAAAUAAUGGUAUCGGAUUUGAAACCGCAAAAGAUCUAGCAGAAAGAGGAGCUCGUGUUAUACUGGCCUGCAGAGACGAGAGUCGCGGUACCGCCGCAAGAGACAAAAUCAUCGCUGCGACAGGUAAUAAUGAUGUACACUAUAGACAUCUGGACCUUGCCUCUUUAACUUCCGUCAAAAAAUUCGCCGAGGAAUUUAUUCGAGAUGAGAAAUGCCUAGAUAUACUCAUCAACAAUGCCGGCAUGAACGGAUCUCAAAAUGAGCGAACUGAGGACGGACUACUACUGGGAAUGCAAACAAAUCAUUUCGCACCAUUUUUGUUAACUUGUCUUUUGGUUCCUUUGCUCAAAUCAUCAGCUCCGAGUCGCAUUAUUAAUGUCUCUUCGAUGGCCCAUUAUCGAGCAACUCUCAAUUUGGAUAAUCUCAACAUGGAAAAGGAAACCGAAGAAACCUUCAGCAAAAAUCAUGUCUACGCUGUAUCUAAGCUUUGUAAUAUCUUAUUUACUCUGGAAUUAAGCAGAAGAUUAAAAGGGAGUAAGGUGACAACUAAUAGUCUUCAUCCGGGUGUUGUCGAUACUGAUAUUUUAGAUGAAAUGGAUUUUAAAUAUGUACACCUUAUAAAACGAUUAGCUAGACCUUUGUUGAAAAAUCGAUGGGAAGGUUCACAAACCACCAUAUACCUCGCAGUUUCGCCAGAAGUUGAGAACGUAAGCGGUAAAUACUUCAGGGAUUGUAAAAUGGUCGAUGUGAGCACGGAGCAAGCACGAGAUGUCGAACUGGCUCGGAAACUUUGGGAAAAAUCGGAGAAACUGCUAAAUUUCAAAUCAAAUUUGUAACAUACUCUAAGUACUUGUAUGCUUAACCUUAAAACAAUAAAAAUAAUAGUAGACAUAGACAAAAUUUAUAUGUUUCAAAAGACGGGACACCUUUUUUGUUGAUAUCCAAUCUUAUCUUUAAUGGUUUAU